AAUGUCAAAAGUCUACAAAAUAUUCGUAAAAAAUAGUACAAAACAUCUGUAACUAAUCUUAAAAUUUAUAUUAUAAUGGGAAAAGUAUUUUGUCCAUAAGGAUGGACUUUAACAUUGACAAGUUAAAAAAAGAUUUUGGCGUGACUGAAGAUUUGUCUGAGAUACAGUUUAUACAAAUAGUUAAAGAAAACUACAAAAAUGCAGUUCAAGAAAAUGCAUUUGGUGAAAAGCUAUGUACGCUAUAUACAAUACAUUUCAGGAUUUAUAAUUUGGAGUAUAGUAUGAAAAUAUUAGUUUUUAUCUACGAAACAUCAUGUGAAGUUUUGAAACUAGACUUACGGUUGCAAGAACCUGAUGCAGAAUUAGAAAUUACUCAAUGCAAAAAUUUUCUACAACGACAUAGAAAUCUUAAUGCCACAUUCGUAGCUCUAAAGAAAUUUUCAAGGUUUUAUGAAUCUAGAAGAUUGAUUAAGAAUAUUGUUCUCAAAAAAGAACCUAGAAUUACUUUCCAUAAAAAUGACGAGGGGGCUAUGUGCAUCAAAUAUAACUGUGUUUCCCCAGAUAUUUAUAUUGAAAUUUGUUGGAAAAUUGAAUGGACCUUAAAAGAUUGUGACAUUUCGGAUAUGAUUGAAGUUUACUAUAAUAAUUUUAAUUUACCAAAUUCAGAGUUUAUCAAACAACAAUUGGAAGUACUAACACAUAACGCUUUAGAUUUCCAUAUAAAGCUGAGGCUAUGGAAACAACUUUUAAGUGACUUAUCAAAACACACCAGGUACCUUCAAGCUACAGUGAUAAUUAGUGAUGAACCGAGUGAUCAAGCUGAGAAUAUAUUAGUUAUCUCAGAUAGUGAGGACGAUAGAAACCAGACUGAGGAGAUGCGUCACAAGCGGAAAAGACAAAAAGUUGUGAAUAAUGUAUCUUCCCAAAUUAUACAUGUUGCAGAUUGAGAAAAAAUUGUGUUUUGUUUAUUAUUGACAAUUAUUGAAAUUUUAAAUUUGGUUUUCUCUUAGAACUGGAUGUAAAAAUCCCAAUAAAUAUUGGGAUGAAAAGUUCGUAACCUAACAUAGAAAAAAAAAUGUUUUUUUGAUAAAA